AUGAUUGCAGCCUCAUGAAUGGAGCUUUCAGUUUUCACCCACCGAGAGCAAGUAGACUCAGUCCAGUUCAAGCUUUGUUUGCCUGUACCAAACCUAAAAGCUACAAGCUUCUGGGUUUCGAAAUCCGUUAAAAGCUUGUGCUACAGAGCUAUAGAGCCAAAUGUAUGUCGCUUAGACAGAUUAGAUUCUAGUGGCAUGAUGAUUAUUAACAACUCUGCGGUUGGUUUUGAAGAAAAGAAAGCAGAAAUGGAGAGUUCGGUUGAGAAAAAUGAAAGCUUUGGGGGUCGUGAAAGUAGUUCAAGCUCUGAUCUUUUGACAUCAGAGACAACAGUGCACGAGGAAGAACACAGUCACAGUAGUUCUGAGGAAGAAGAUUUAUAUUCACCGCCUUCAGUUCACAAUGAUAGAACACCGGAGAAACAUAGAUCCACAAUUUCAGAGAUUGAGUUGAUGAAGGAAAGAUUUGCAAAAUUGCUGCUUGGUGAAGACAUGUCAGGGUCUGGAAAUGGUGUUUGUUCUGCCUUGGCUAUUUCGAAUGCCAUCACCAAUCUUUCUGCCACCUUGUUUGGGCAAAUAUGGAGGUUAGAACCAGUACCUCAUGAGAAGAAAUCAAUGUGGCGAAGAGAGAUGGAAUGGUUUCUUUCUGUUAGUGAUCACAUUGUCGAGUUGAUACCGACUUGGCAGACAUUCCCGGACGGAAGCAAGCUUGAGGUCAUGACUUGCAGGCCCCGGUUGGAUCUCUACGUCAACCUCCCAGCUUUAAGAAAAUUGGACAACAUGCUUCUCGAGAUAUUAGAUGGUUUUGUUGACGCAGAGUUCUGGUAUGUUGACCAAGGGAUUCUAGCUCAGCAGGCUGAUGGAUCAACCCCUUUCCGAAAAGCCCUUCAGCGUCAAGAGGAGAAAUGGUGGCUUCCCGUGCCUCGUGUGCCACCAGGAGGCCUCAAUGAAAAUUCGAGGAAGGAGUUGCAGCAUAAACGUGACUGUGCAAACCAGAUCCUAAAAGCUGCAAUGGCUAUCAACAACAUUACUCUAGCUGACAUGGAAGUCCCUGAAUCAUAUUUCGAAUCUCUUCCAAAGAAUGGCCGAGUGAGCUUAGGAGAUCUUAUUUAUCGCUAUAUUUCAUCCGAUCUGUUUACGCCUGAAUGUCUUCUUGAUUGCCUUGAUUUGUCCUCUGAGCAUCAAGCUAUUGAAAUUGCCAACCGAGUGGAGGCCUCGAUAUAUCUGUGGCGCAGAAAAACCAAUCCCAAACCUGUCAACAACACAGCUCGCUCUAGUUCAAAGUCCUCAUGGGACAUGGUCAAGGACCUAAUGGUUGAUGGUGAAAAGAGAGAAAUACUUGCAGAUCGAGCCGAGAGCCUACUUCUUUGCUUGAAGCAGCGAUUCGCUGGUCUUCCCCAGACCUCUUUAGAUAUGAGCAAGAUUCAGAACAACAAGGAUAUCGGAAAAUCCAUUUUGGAAAGCUACUCGAGAGUUUUGGAGAGCCUGGCAUUUAACAUUGUGGCGCGUAUCGAUGAUCUGUUUUAUGUGGAUGAUUUGACCAAGCAUUCGGAUCAGUUCUCUUCGCCGAACAGAGUUGGUGUAAUUGGCCGGAGGAGUCUUUCGACUCCAUACCACAUGGCCUUCUCAAGCAGUCCUUAUAGAACUGCAUUUACGACUCCGAACUUCUCACCAGCACAUCUAGUUAGCCCCGCAAAAGGAGAAAGACCACAGCAUGGGAUUGGAGUGAAAAAAGCCUUGCUGACAGAUUAUCUCAGUAUUGAUUUAAGAGAUAAGGAAUACAGUAAUUCAAACGAAGAAACAGAAUCCGGUUCAAGCAUAGCUCAAGCAACAUCUGUAUCGUUUGAAUGUCUUGGCGAGGCAGCAAGCGUACCAAAACAGAAUCCCUCCGGCCUAUUUCCAGAGAAAGAGCCCUGGUGUUGCACCCCAUGAACCAAUCUCCCGAGACAGCAGUCUUUCACCUGUUUCUAUUUGUUUUUUUAAAUAUUUGGUUGGAAUAGGAAGAUGAUUGAGAACGACGAACAGCUGUCGUGUUAUUCAAUCUGUU